ACGCGUACGGUUUUUUUUCCAUCACAAUUAAAGUUACGGUACUCCAAGUACGUGCUCGUGUACGAAUCGCGCGCCGCGCCGGUGCACGCCAUGAAUAUUAAUUAAUGUAUGUCAACCAGAGCAGGCGUGUCUUGGGUGAUUUUUUAUUUUUAUUAUGUUCCCUUGUCGUUCCCAGACAAGAGUCGGUAAUAUCGCAUCUUACCGGCGGUACAGUGACUCAUCUGUACAGCGGACAAUAUAAGCGCGCAUGCCGCCGACAUCUCGCAGAGACGCGCGAUACUGCCAAACGACCAGCACGCCGUACGAUUGUCGGCCGAACGUCGUCGCGCGCGACCCGUCACUUCCGCGUCGAGCACAAUAACAUCGCGCGGGCCUCACGCCAGUUCUUCUGUUUUAGGCCCGUCAUCGUCAUGUUGUUCUUCGCCACGAUCCUGUGCAUCGUGACCUCGUUACCGGCGUCGAUGAACAAACCACUGGUGGACCCGGGGCUGUUCGUGAUAACAGGUGUCGAAACAUGUGGUUCCGAUCUAGGAUAUUGUCUCUUAGGUAAUGAUUGCACCAUGGACGAUGAUUUUUUACCCGAUCCGUCGGGUAAUUGUUCAGGUUUAAAACGUGCUUUCACUCCAGCCUCGCCCUUCGUCUGCUGCAAGUUGAGCAAAGGCUCGUUGAACUCGGGGCCAUUAAUGGUAGAUUUUAAUACCAAAACUUCCACCGAACCUAAGAACGAGUUGCACGGAAUCGUAAAAAACGCCACUCCUGUCAAAGCAGUAGACGAGCUGAACAUCGGUAAAAAUGUGAUUUCGAUCUCGGCCAUGGAUAAGCAAGCGAGAAAAACUGCAAGAGAAAACGUAGAUUCUUCGAAAAUAGACAAUGAUCAGCUGGCGAAAUUAAACCAAAUCGAGUUGGUUGUAAAAAAGAUCAUCGAACAGUUAAUAAACGAGACCGCGAAUAGUAUGAAAGUUGACGAGACGGUAAUCGGUAGUUCUGAAGCGAAAAUAGAAGAAAAUACAAUGAUGAACGAGAUUAAAGAAGACGAGAAAAUGUUCGUCAACAACAGUGAAUCAACAGAAACCGGUGCUGUGGAUCAAUUGGCGAGACCCGAAGAAACAUUAGAUGAUGGGCAGUUUAAAACAGAAAUAUUUCCGGAGAACGGGGAAGACGGUGAAAGGGUUAAUGAAUCCGAUAAGAUUGAACCGGAGACAGAAGAGUCGGAUAUUGAUGAUGAAUUCAAAGCGGAAAAAAACAUUUGUCAAAAAACUUGUAAAAGCGAGGUAAUAUUUUUGGUAGAAAAAAAACCAAUGUGCUACGGAACACUUUUAGACGACAUAUGGGUACUCACGUCUGCUACGUGCGCUUCCAGGUUGAAUAAAGCAGCUAUUAGAAGAGUGGCUGUAAGCCGUAAGGACAUAGGGGGAGCAACGCUGAGUAUUUCAAACAUUUUAGUGCACGAGAACUUCAAAUCGCCAAAGUCCAAAACCCCACAGGAGAAUAAUGAUUUAGCGCUGGUCAGUUUGACCGUACCACUCGAAGGCCAAGAAUGCACACCGUGUUUUGUUCAAAAAAAAAAUAACGUCAUUAAUGAAGUAUGUAAGACCAAUCAGAACGCCUAUCACAAGAACUUGAUAAAAUCAGCCGAAAACUGUGAAAGUCGCGUGCAAUUGCGGGACAUGAUUAGCAAUUCAUAUUUGAUAUUGCCGUGCAACAGCUGGAGGAUGCAAUACAACCAAGAAGGGCGGCUGGGAAGUGGCCUGUGGUGUGAUGGCAAGCUGGCCGGCGUCCAAACAGGUGUGGGCGUAGGGUCGUUGAUUUAUACACCGGUGCACGAGUACGCUACGUGGAUAUCCGAUAACAAGAGGAUUGAAAGAAGAUGAACAAUAAAUAUCUGGUCACACACCCGUUGAUCCGAUGUAAAACAAGACUGUGCAACUAUCAAUAAUAUAAUAUUAAAUGUAUAGUUUAUUUAUUUAUUUAUCGUAUCCAUUACGCAUAUAUUGUAUACGAACUAAGUUAUUAUUAUAUUUUGACAAAAUGUAAUAUGUGUAAAUUUAAUAUAAUUACAAUUACUGACGCCCGAGA